UGCCCUCCUUUUGCUCACCUUCAGUUGUAACUUAGGGUGUGACUAGGCAGCCGCCCAGGUGCAGCAGUAAUAUGCUCUCAGCUUUUUCCCUCCAGCUAAGAGAAAAAAAACUAAUAUUGUGCAGCAGACUGAAACUGCUCUCAAGAUCUGCAGCUGGCUGAAGGCAGUUUUGGAGAGUCCAACAAAUUUACAAAAACGAUGCUGAUGCGGACCAACUGCAGGUAUUUUAUGAAAUUUGGAGGUUUUAUCUUUGCAUCUGUCUGUGCUUGGUAUUUGGGGACAUUAUUGGCAUAUCUUAUACCUCAAGAUCCAUUAGCAUCAACAUUUAAUCAGUUACUUCCAGAAAAGCCAAAAAUGUACAUGCCAGCCCCCAAAAGACAGAAAUGUGACCACUGGUCUCCAUGUUUGCCUGGGAAUUAUGCUUAUCGCAUAGUCAGUGGAGGUGGGAAGGAGAGAUUUCCCAAAAUCUGUUUUGAAGAUAAACUACUCUUAAGUAAACAAGAAGGAAAUGCUGGAAGAGGAAUAAAUAUUGCCAUUGUAGAUUAUAAGACUGGAAAAGUUGUUGCUGCAAAUUAUUUUGACAUGUGGCAAGGAGAAUUCUCUAUACCGAUGACUGAUUUUAUUAACAAAGCUCCACAGAAAUCUCUAAUCUUUAUCGUGACCCACGAUGAUGGAAGUACAAAGUUAAAAGAGGAUGGUAAAAAAGCAAUAGCAGAAUUGGGAAGUAAGGAAAUACGGAAUUUGAAAUUUAGGUCAGGUUGGGUCUUUUUAGCUGCAAAAGGUUUUAAACUACCAGAAAAUAUACAAAAGGAAAAGAUAAUUCAUUCUGACAAUAGUAAGAAUCGAUACAGUGAAUGGCCAGCUGAAAUCCAGAUUGAAGGCUGCAUUCCAAGAAACCUAACCAGCUAAAUUCUAAUAGUGACAAAAUGGCACACUGCAUAUUUACUUAUAUGGAAUUAUCUGCCCCAAAGCUGGCUGUCUAAAGCUGUGGACAAAAAAAAUAUUCUAGAUAAAAUCAAUUUGAAACACUAGAUUCAACUGCAGAAUUUGUUUUUUCCAUGAAUACUGAAUAAUUGGAGACAUGUUCCUCUCCCCCUACACCUGCUCCAUCUUUUCCUUUCAAGGAUGUUGGGCUGCAACAUCUAUCAUUUCCAGCCACCACAAAACCGAAUAAAGCUGGAUUUUUGGAAA